AUGAGCGAGUCUGUUGAAAAUGUAGACUCUCCGCGUGGUGGUCUUGCAUGUCAAAACUGCAGACGGAGGAAGAGAAAGUGCGACCGCCAAGUCCCUCGUUGCGGUUCGUGCAUAAGACGAGGUCUGGACUGCGUCAUGCAAGUCAUCAAGAGCAUCGAUGGACAAGAAGGAGCUGUCCAGAGUCUUGAAAAGGAAAUCUCGAAUCUUGAGGCUCAGUUAUCACGUCUACAGACCACUACAACAGCGCUCCAUCCAACCCCCGCCGUCCUUCAACAGCAGGUUGACCCAACUCCCGUGCCGUUUGAAGCCUCCAUCUCAUCGAUAGCUUCAAGGGAGCAAUCCAUGGACACUGUUGAUUUGGAUGUUCUCAGAGAAGUUGAGACUGUGUCUCUUUACCGCGGCGAACUUUACAGCCUGCAGAAGAUGACUCGCAGGGCACUCCGACUAGCAAAUUGUGAUCCUCGUGGUAUACUAGAUCUCACCCCGAAGAAGAGCUUAUUAGCAUCAUAUGACGCCUCUAUUUACUCAAAACCCAAUGGGACGGGCGACUAUCUGGACUAUGAUAUUGCAGUCUAUUAUGCCAGCAAAUACUUCUCUUACAUCCAUCCGACUUUCCCGAUUGUCUCUGAAGCUGUAGUUCAGAGCGUACUAAACAAAGUCACGGUCGGCAGUCAAAGUACAAAUCUCGGGGACCGCGUCAUGUUCCAUCUCAUCAUUUCAAUUGGGGCCAUUCUUCCAAUAGAGUCGUCAGCUGCCUUUGACACACGCAACUCGGCCGAUUAUUUUAUACGCGCCAUGGAAAUCCAAUAUUCUUACGACGAAUCUGCUACCACUGCGCAGAUUCUCCUCCUCCUCGCCAUUUAUUCACUCUUUGAUCCCGGCACAGGCAGCUCGUGGCACCUGAUGGAUCUUGUCACGCAAGCUUGCAUUGUUAUGGGAUAUCAUCAGCUCCAGCCUGAAUCAAGAGGAACCGCAGCGGCAGAUGGAGAUGGAGCGAAGCUAUUCCAGGCAUCUUACGUACUUGACUUCUGUGUUAGCUCCGCAUUGGGAUUGCCAAUGAGCAUCCAAAAUCGCGACAUUUCCUCCGACUGGGAGACAUGCAUAGUGAAACCUCCGAAUAUCUGUACCUCCGAGUCCGAAGGAUUAACUCUGGUGGAGAUGUUCAGCUGGGCAUAUGAGCUCUGCGGCAGCUUCCAGAACGAUGGUGCGGGCUACCUAUCGUACUAUAACGAAUACCUGCGUCGCAGAAUAUUGAACCAUAAAGGGGAGAUAUCGUAUCUAUCAAAGAUAUUCGGGCUCCAUCUCGCAACUCAGAGUAUAAAUAGGUCGGCUGGAGCCAGAUCUGCACUUGAAGACAGGGGCAAAUUGGUACAAGACCAUCUGGCCGUCCUUCAAAAUUCAGUUUCCACGUGGUUCGCCUUGCCAUGGAUCACGGGAUACAGCAUAUUCCAGCUUGGGCUGUUACAACUCUUGUUUUGCGGCGGGCUACCUCAAAAACAGAGGAUAAGCCAGAUUUCUCAGACUUUGUCCUUGGCUGAGAUGAUUUUAUCCGUUAUCAGCACUAGAUUUCCGGGUUUAUACCCGCACAAAGCGCUUGUGAACAAGGUGCUCACGCAGAUGGCGACUUCUGACGUCGAUUCUCGGCAUAAUAUCGACUUCCUCGAUGGCAGUGAUCUGUACGAAUUCUGCAGGAAUGCCCUGAUGUCUGUUGGCAUGGGUAUUUCCCAUUAA